AUGCAGAUGUUACGAUUGGUCGACUAUCUAGUCUGGGCGAGCACUACUUUCACGGCAUCAGAGGAUCUCGGCAGUCUAGAGUCGGUCGUUAGGGUGAUCGGAUUGGACGCUAAUGCGGUUGAGGAGCUCUGCAGGGCUGGGGCUGCCCAGAGGCCGGAUAUGGUCAAUCAGAGCCUCUCUCGAGUCGUCACUCGUCUGCGUGCUGUCAAAUGCCGAUCGUCGGGGAUGCGACUGGCUGUCACCGAGCUACGGUCACACCUGUUGAGCAUUCAGAACGACGGUGUCUUUCGGCGGUCUCAACCAUCGACCGCUCCUUUGCCGUCCUGGAACAACCCCGGAAACGCCAAGUCACCUUUGAUGAGUGGAUCGUUGAGGAGCUCACUGGGUUAG